GCGGCGCGUCCGUCGCGAGCAGCCGGGCCGGGGGGAAGCCAGCGAAGCCGAGUAAAGCCGCCGCCCGGGAGAGGACUCAAGGAGCUGCUGCCGCCGUUGGCGGCGGCCCGGGCAGUUUUCGCUGCUGCGACGGCUGUUGCCAUGCGGCGAGGCUAGGGAGGAGCUCACUUCCCCUGGGUGUAAUAAUGUUAACGGAGAUAAAUUCCUAUAUGAUACAAUUCUUUAAAAAUUCAGAGCUGCAGAUAUAGAGCACCAGUUAAUGAGAGGAACCUUGGAUAUCAUCUGUUCCCAGCCUGUUUUACAGAUGAAGAAAUUGAGGCUCAGAGAGACCAGUCUGUCCAUAUGGGGAUGGGGAAGCCUUGUCAUUGUCCUUUCUCUAAUAACCUUUGGACCCUUUGUGAUAUUAUAUUUGGCAUUUUAUAUCCUCUGCUUUGUGGGUGGGGGUUUUGUGGUUACUCUCCUGUUUGGAAAAACAAACUCAGAGAGGUAUCUAGAGCAGUGUGAACACUCAUUUCUUCCUCCAACAUCAACUGGGAUUUCUAAGUGCUUGGAAGAAAUGAAAAGGGAAGCCAGAACAAUAAAGAUAGAUAGAAGAUUGACGGGUGCCAAUAUAAUUGAUGAACCUCUUCAGCAAGUUAUCCAGUUUUCCUUGAGGGAUUAUGUCCAGUAUUGGUAUUAUACACUAAGUGAUGAUGAAUCUUUUCUCCUUGAAAUUAGGCAGACUCUUCAAAAUGCACUCAUUCAGUUUGCUACUAGGUCAAAAGAAAUAGACUGGCAACCUUAUUUUACUACACGCAUUGUAGAUGAUUUUGGCACACACCUACGAGUAUUCAGAAAGGCUCAACAGAAGAUAACAGAGAAAGAUGACCAAGUUAAAGGUACAGCAGAAGAUCUUGUAGAUACGUUCUUUGAAGUUGAAGUUGAAAUGGAAAAGGACGUUUGCCGUGAUCUAGUGUGCACUUCCCCCAAAGAUGAAGAAGGAUUUCUAAGGGAUUUGUGUGAGGUCUUACUAUAUUUAUUGCUACCUCCUGGAGAUUUCCAGAACAAGAUCAUGAGAUACUUUGUCAGGGAAAUUCUUGCACGAGGAAUUCUUCUUCCAUUAAUAAAUCAACUCAGUGAUCCUGAUUAUAUUAAUCAAUAUAUCAUAUGGAUGAUCCGUGAAUCUAAUUGCAACUAUGAGGCCUUUAUGAACAUUAUUAAAUUGAGUGACAAUAUUGGAGAGCUAGAAGCAGUUAGAGAUAAGGCAGCAGAAGAAUUACAGUAUCUUCGAUCUCUUGAUACAGCUGGUGAUGAUAUCAACACUAUUAAGAAUCAAAUAAACAGCUUAUUAUUUGUAAAGAAAGUAUGUGAUUCAAGGAUACAGCGGUUGCAGUCAGGCAAAGAAAUAAAUACUGUGAAACUGGCAGCAAAUUUUGGGAAACUUUGCAUAGUCCCCCUGGAAAGCAUUCUUGUAGACAAUGUUGCACUACAAUUUUUUAUGGAUUACAUGCAGCAAACUGGAGGUCAAGCACAUCUUUUUUUCUGGAUGACAGUGGAAGGAUACCGGGUUACAGCCCAACAGCAGCUAGAGGUUUUAUUAAGUCGUCAGAAAGAUGGAAAAUAUCAAACCAACCAAACCAAAGGUCUUUUAAGAGCAGCUGCUGUUGGAAUUUAUGAACAGUAUUUGUCAGAAAAGGCAUCUCCAAGAGUCACUGUUGAUGAUUAUUUGGUAGCAAAAUUAGCAGAUACUUUGAAUCAUGAAGAUCCAACCCCUGAAAUCUUUGAUGACAUUCAAAGGAAGGUAUAUGAAUUGAUGCUACGAGAUGAAAGAUUUUAUCCUUCCUUCAGACAGAAUGCGCUUUAUGUACGAAUGUUAGCGGAGUUGGAUAUGUUAAAAGAUCCUAGUUUCAGAGGGUCAGAUGAUGGUGAUGGAGAAUCUUUUAAUGGGUCUCCUACAGGAAGCAUAAAUUUGUCUCUAGAUGACCUUUCAAGUGUAUCUUCUGAUGACCCAAUACAACUUCAUGCUUACAUCUCAGACACUGUAUAUGCUGACUAUGACCCAUAUGCUGUGGCAGGCGUUUGUAAUGAUCAUGGCAAGACAUAUGCAUUAUAUGCCAUCACUGUUCACCGGCGCAAUCUAAACAGUGAGGAGAUGUGGAAAACCUAUCGUCGUUACAGUGACUUCCAUGACUUCCACAUGCGAAUCACUGAACAGUUUGAAAAUCUGUCAAGCAUAUUGAAGCUUCCUGGAAAAAAAACUUUUAAUAACAUGGAUCGAGAUUUUUUAGAAAAAAGAAAGAAGGAUCUAAAUGCAUAUUUGCAGUUACUGUUAACACCUGAAAUGAUGAAAGCAUCCCCAGCUUUGGCUCAUUAUGUGUAUGAUUUCCUUGAGAACAAAGCCUACAGUAAAGGGAAAGGGGAUUUUGCUCGAAAGAUGGACACUUUUGUAAAUCCGCUUCGCAAUUCUAUGAGGAAUGUUUCAAAUGCAGUUAAAUCCCUUCCUGAUAGCUUGGCAGAGGGAAUGACUAAAAUGUCAGACAACAUGGGCAAAAUGUCAGAAAGAUUAGGUCAAGAUAUAAAGCAGUCAUUUUUUAAGGUGCCUCCUUUAAUUCCGAAGACAGAUUCAGAUCCUGAACAUUGUCGAGUUUCAGCUCAACUUGAUGAUACUGUGGAUGACAAUAUUCCACUUAGGGUAAUGCUGCUUCUUAUGGAUGAAGUAUUUGACUUAAAAGAAAGAAAUCAGUGGUUGCGAAGGAAUAUCAAAAACCUGCUUCAGCAGCUUAUUAGAGCCACAUAUGGUGAUACUAUUAAUAGAAAAAUAGUUGACCAUGUUGAUUGGAUGACCUCACCUGAGCAAGUGGCUGACUUAGUGAAACGUUUCAGAGAUGCCUUUUGGCCAAACGGCAUUUUAGCAGAGACUGUUCCAUGCAGAGAUAAAGCUAUUCGAAUGAGAACAAGAGUUGCAGGAAAAACUAAAUUACUUUCAAUUAUGCCAGAUGAACUGAAGCACAUUAUUGGAGCUGAAACAACACGGAAAGGUAUUCUUCGUGUUUUUGAAAUGUUUCAGCACAACCAGUUAAAUAGGAGAAUGGUUUAUGUCUUCUUAGAAGGCUUUUUGGAAACCUUAUUUCCACAAUAUAAAUUCCGUGAACUUUUCAACAAACUGCAUUCACGGUCAAAGCAGAUGCAGAAAUAUAAACAGAAACUUCAAACUACUCAAGCGCCUUCUUUACAGAAAAGGUGACCCUGCAAUCUAUGAAGCUGGUAUUCAUUUUGUCCAAGACUAAUGGUAUGGACAGAUCUUCUGGGGCUUAACUCAUACUGUUGUGUCUGCACCAGUCUUUUAGUGUCUCAAAUAGAUUAUUAAUAAUCCAUAAGACUGUGAGUCUUCACAUCCUCGUCUGUAAUCCAGCCACUAUGAAGAGAGAUUUCUGUGUCUUAUAUGAUUUGGUGCAUAUUUUUGCAACAUUGAGAGGAUACUGCCCUCAUCUCAAGCAAGAAUGACAUCAGUCUCUUCUGUUUCAAACUAAACAGCAUUCUCCAGCAAUGACAAAGUGCCAGAGUGUAUAUAUGAGAGCUAAGGAAAGCACAAAACAAUGGUUCACAGAAAAACUGGCUAAUUUGCUUAGCAGUGGGAGACUGUGCAAUUGUAUGAGUUUGAGAGAUUGAUUUGCAUAAUGAUUUUAUAAGUCUUUAUCAGAAUUUUGAUACAGUGUGGUUUAGCCAAUGAAUGAGCUUUGGAACAGCUGUUUGGGGAACGUGACAGAAUGCCAUUAAAAUAUAAACUUAUACCUGGAUUAUAGUUUUGUGACAUAAAACAGUAUAAAAUAGAACCAAUCAAAAAUAGAACUUGAUUGGAUUUGUUAUUCAUUGGUAUAAAACAAAUUUUAAUUGAUGUGCUUUAAGGGCUCUAUCUUGCUCUUAUGGUACUACUCAAUCAUAAGUUUUCUUUUGGCAUUCUGUGUGCAAAAAGAAGCAUGUGGUGGCUCUCAUUUAAGUUUCAAAAUUAUUCCGGUUUUCUUUAUCUUUAAGAGAUUACUGAUUAUACAGUAAGGGGUAUAAUUUGUUGAAAGAACUGCCAAAUAUAUUCUGUCCUAAAAACAUGGAAAUAAAAAAAAAAUAUUAAAAGUUACCAUUUAAUAAUUUUAAAUUGUGUAAUCUAGACAUACCUUAGGUAAUUGCGAAAAUAGCAAAUCAAUGGAUUAAAUGAGCUUAUUAGUCAUAUAUAGACAUACAGAUCCCUGAAUCUAUUAGUGUAUAUAUAUGAAAAUAA